AUGAUGCCCCAGAAGAAGAAGAGGAGGAAGAAAGACAUCGACUUCCUAGCCCUGUACCAGGAAGAGCUGCUCAACUACACCUCAGAGGACGACGAGGGGGAGCUGGAGCAUGAGUACUACAAGGCUAAAGUGUAUGAAGUAGUCACGGCAACAGGGGAUGUCCGUGGUGCAGGGACAGAUGCCAAUGUCUUCAUCACCAUUUUUGGAGAGAAUGGGCUCUCUCCCAAGCUCCAUCUCACCAGCAAGAGCGAGUCUGCCUUUGAGAAAGCCAAUGUGGAUGUGUUCCGGGUGAGGACCAACAACGUGGGCCUUAUCUACAAGAUCAGGAUCGAGCAUGACAACACAGGCUUGAACGCCAGCUGGUACCUGGACCGUGUGAUCGUGACGGACAUGAAGCGGCCGCACCUGCGCUACUACUUCAACUGCAACAACUGGCUGAGCAAGGUGGAGGGUGACCGCCAGUGGUGCCGUGACCUUCUGGCCAGCUUCAGCCCCAUGGAUGUGCCCAGAGGUAACAAAUACGAGGUUAAGGUGUACACCGGAGAUGUCAUUGGUGCAGGGACGGAUGCUGAUGUCUUCAUCAACAUCUUUGGAGAGUAUGGAGACACAGGCUCCAUGCCCGUCUCAAGUGGUAUUUUGGGAUCACCCAGCAGGGACCCAGAGCUGCAGGCCUGGGCUCAUUUGCAGGACUGCCAUAUGGAUUUUGCUACAGACAUUGAGCUCCCUGAUCUCGGCAGGUUUUAUAAGAUUCGGGCAUGGCAUGAUAGACGGAGUCCCGGCUCUGGAUGGCAUUUAGAAAGGAUGACCCUGAUGAACACUCUGACCAAAGACAAGUACAAUUUCAACUGUAACCGCUGGCUGGAUGCCAAUGAGGAUGACCAGGAGAUUGUGCGAGAGAUGACAGCAGAGGGCCCAGCCGUGCGGAGAAUAAUGGGCAUGGCCCGGUACCGAGUGACCGUGUGCACAGGGGAGCUUGAAGGUGCCGGGACGGAUGCCAAUGUCUACCUUUGUCUUUAUGGUGACGUGGGGGACACGGGGGAGCGGCUGCUCUACAACUGCAGGAAUAACACUGACCUGUUUGAGAAGGGCAAUGCUGACGAGUUCACCAUUGAGUCGGUCACCAUGCGGAAGGUGAGGCGGGUUCGAAUCCGCCAUGAUGGCAAAGGUGGGGGCAGUGGCUGGUUCCUGGCACGGGUGCUGGUGAGAGAGGAGGGUCAGCCCGAGAGUGACAACAUGGAGUUCCCAUGUCUCAGGUGGCUGGACAAGGACAAGGAUGACGGGCAGUUGGUCCGAGAGCUAUUGCCCAGUGACAGCAAUGCAACCCUGAAGAACUACCGCUAUCACAUCAGCCUGAAGACAGGUGACGUCUCUGGAGCCAGCACUGACUCUCGUGUCUACAUCAAGCUUUAUGGGGAAAAAUCAGACACCAUCAAGCAGGUCCUGCUUGUCUCUGACAAUAACCUGAAGGACUACUUUGAACGUGGUCGGGUGGACGAAUUCACUCUGGAGACCCUGAAUAUUGGGACUAUCAGCCGGCUGGUUAUUGGACAUGACAGCACUGGCAUGCAAGCUGGCUGGUUCCUGGGCAGUGUCCAGAUCCGCGUGCCCCGCCAAGGCAAGCAGUACACCUUCCCUGCCAACCGCUGGCUGGACAAGAACCAGGCUGAUGGGCGCUUGGAGGUGGAGCUGUAUCCCAGUGAGGUCGUAGAGAUCCAGAAGUUGGUCCACUAUGAGGUUGAGGUCUGGACAGGGGACGUGGGGGGCGCAGGCACCAGUGCCCGAGUCUUCAUGCAGAUCUACGGUGAGGAAGGCAAGACAGAAGUGCUCUUCCUUUCCAGCCGCUCCAGAGUGUUUGAUCGGGCAUCCAAGGACACUUUCCAGCUAGAGGCGGAGGACGUGGGCGAGAUCUUCAAGGUCCGGCUGGGGCACACAGGCGAGGGCUUGAGCCCCGGCUGGUUUGUGGACACCCUGUGGCUGCGGCAGCUGGUGGUGCGGGAGGAGGACCUCACGCCUGAGGAGGAGGCCCGCAGGAAGAAGGAGAAGGACAAGCUGCGACAGCUGCUCAGGAAGGAGCGGCUGAAGGCCAAGCUGCAGAGGAAGAAGAAGAAACAGAAGAAGGGCAGCGAUGAGGAGGAGGAGGAGGGGGAGGAGGAGGAGUCCUCGGAGGAGGAGUCGUCAUCAGAGGAAGAAGAGGAGGAGGAGGUGGAGGAGGAGGAAGAGGAGGAGUUUGGGCCGGGCAUGCAGGAGGGGAUUGAGGUGUACAAGUUCGAUGUCCACCGCUGGCUGGCACGGGGCAAGGAGGACAAUGAGCUUGUCGUGGAGCUGGUGCCGGCUGGCCGUACGGGGCCUGAAUCCAACACCUAUGAGGUCCAGGUGAUCACAGGGAACGUGCCCAAGGCUGGGACGGAUGCCAAUGUCUACCUCACCAUCUAUGGCGAGGAGUACGGGGACACGGGGGAGCGGCCCCUGAAGAAAUCGGAUAAAUCCAACAAGUUUGAACAGGGCCAGACAGACACCUUCACCAUCUAUGCCAUCGACCUGGGGGCCCUGACCAAGAUUCGGAUUCGCCAUGACAACUCAGGCAACAGACCAGGCUGGUUCCUGGACCGGGUAGACAUCACUGACAUCAACAACGAGAUCACGUACUACUUUCCCUGCCAGCGCUGGCUGGCUGUGGAGGAGGACGAUGGCCAGCUGUCCAGGGAGCUGUUACCAGUGGAUGAGUCCUAUGUGCUUCCGCCUGAGGAUGAGGAGGGUGGAGGAGGUGGUGACAACAACCCUCUGGACAACCUGGCCCUGGAUCAGAAAGAUAAAUCUACCACAUUCUCAGUGACCAUAAAGACUGGGGACAAGAAGAACGCAGGGACAGAUGCCAAUGUCUUCAUCACACUCUUUGGCACACAGGACGACACUGGAAUGACCCUCCUGAAAUCUUCUAAAACCAACAGUGACAAGUUUGAGAGGGACAGUAUUGAAAUAUUCACAGUCGAGACCCUGAACCUCGGAGAUCUCUGGAAAGUCAGGAUUGGCCAUGACAACACAGGCAAGGCUCCAGGCUGGUUUGUGGACUGGGUGGAAGUGGACGCUCCAUCUCUUGGGAAGUGUAUGACAUUCCCCUGUGGGCGCUGGCUGGCCAAAAAUGAAGAUGAUGGAAACAUCACCAGGGACCUCUUCCACGCGGAGCUCCAGACCAAGCUGUACACACCAUUUGUCCCCUAUGAGAUCACACUCUACACCAGCGAUGUAUUUGCCGCCGGGACAGAUGCCAACAUCUUCAUUGUCAUCUAUGGUCUGGACGCCGUGUGCACCCAGGAGAGAUACCUGUGCACCAACAAGCGAGAGCAGAAGCUGUUCUUUGAGAGGAAGUCUGCCUCCCGCUUCAUCAUGGAGUUAGAAGACGUUGGGGAAAUCAUUGAAAAAAUUCGGAUUGGCCAUGACAACACGGGCAUCAACCCAGGGUGGCACUGCUCCCAUGUGGACAUCCGAAGGCUCCUCCCUGACAAAGAUGGCACAGAGACGUUGACGUUCCCCUGUGAUCGAUGGCUUGCCACCUCGGAGGAUGACAAAAAGACCAUCCGGGAGCUGGUGCCCUAUGACAUCUUCACUGAGAAAUAUAUGAAAGAUGGGUCCUUGAGGCAGGUCUAUAAGGAAGUGGAGGAGCCCCUGGACAUUGUGCUGUACUCGGUGCAGAUCUUCACCGGAAACGUUCCCGGGGCUGGCACGGAUGCCAAGGUCUACAUCACCAUCUACGGAGACCUGGGGGACACCGGGGAGCGGUACCUCGGCAAGUCAGAGAACCGCACCAACAAGUUUGAGAAGGGAACGGCCGACACUUUCAUCAUUGAGGCGGCCGACCUGGGCGUCAUCUACAAGAUCAAACUCCGCCAUGACAACUCCAAGUGGUGUGCAGACUGGUACGUGGAGAAGGUGGAGAUCUGGAAUGACACCAACGAGGACGAGUUCCUCUUCCUGUGUGGUCGCUGGCUGUCCCUCAAGAAGGAGGACGGGAGGCUGGAGAGACUCUUCUAUGAGAAGGAGUACUCUGGGGACCGGAGCAGCAACUGCAGCAGCCCCGCCGACUUCUGGGAGAUCACCCUGAGCUCCAAGAUGGCUGACAUUGACAUCGCCACGGUGACAGGGCCCAUGGUUGACUAUGUCCAGGAGGGCCCGGUCAUCCCCUACUAUGUGUCAGUCACCACCGGGAAGCACAGGGACGCGGCCACUGACAGCCGGGCCUUCGUGGUGCUCAUCGGAGAGGACGAGGAGUGCAGCAACCGCAUCUGGCUGGACUACCCCGGGGGGAAGAGGGGCUUUGCCUGUGGCUCCGUGGAGGAGUUCUAUGUGGCAGGCCUGGACGUGGGCAUCGUCAAGAAGAUAGAGCUGGGCCAUGACGGGGCCUCCCCUGAGAGCUGCUGGCUUGUGGAGGAGCUGUGCCUGGCUGUGCCCACCCAGGGCACCAAGUACACCCUGCGCUGCAACUGCUGGCUGGCCAAGGACCGGGGCGACGGUGUGACCUCCCGAGUCUUCGACCUCCUGGAUGCCAUGGUGGUGAACAUUGGGGUGAAGGUCCUGUACGAGAUGACGGUGUGGACCGGCGAUGUGGUUGGGGGCGGCACUGACUCUGGCAUCUUCAUGACACUCUAUGGCAUCAAUGGCAGCACAGAGGAAAUGCAGCUGGACAAAAAGAAGGCCAGGUUCGAGCGAGAGCAGAGUGACACCUUCAUCAUGGAGAUCCUGGACAUCGCCCCAUUCACCAAGAUGCGCAUCCGCAUUGACGGCCUGGGCUGCAGGCCUGAGUGGUUCCUGGAGAGGAUCCUCCUGAAAAACAUGAACACAGGAGACUUGACCAUGUUCUACUACAGUGACUGGCUGUCCCAGAGGAAGGGUAAGAAGACGCUGGUGUGUGAGAUGUGCGCUGUCAUUGAUGGAGAGGAGAUGAUGGAGUGGACUUCCUAUACUGUCUCUGUGAAGACCAGUGACAUCCUGGGGGCUGGCACCGAUGCCAACGUGUUCAUCAUCAUCUUCGGGGAAAAUGGAGACAGUGGGACGCUGGCCCUGAAGCAGUCAGCCAACUGGAACAAGUUUGAGAGAAACAACACAGACACCUUCAACUUCCCUGACAUGCUGAGCCUGGGCCACCUCUGCAAGCUGAGGGUCUGGCACGACAAUAAAGGCAUAUUCCCUGGCUGGCACCUGAGCUAUGUGGACGUGAAGGACAACUCGCGCGACGAGACCUUCCACUUCCAGUGCGACUGCUGGCUCUCCAAGAGCGAGGGCGACAGGCAGACGGUGCGAGACUUCCCCUGUGCCAACAAUGAGAUCCGGGAGGAGCUGCAGGAGGCCACCUACGAGAUCAUCAUAGAAACGGGCAAUGGAGGUGAAACCAGGGAGAAUGUCUGGCUCAUCCUGGAGGGCAGGAAGAACCGCUCCAAAGAGUUUCUGGUGGAAAAUUCUUCCCGGCAGCGGGCCUUCCGGAAGGGGACUACAGACACAUUUGAGUUUGACAGUGUCUACCUGGGGGACAUCGCCUCCAUCUGCGUGGGCCACCUGGCCAGGGAGGACCGGUUCAUCCCCAAGCGGGAGCUGGCGUGGCAUGUGAAGACCAUCACUAUCACGGAGAUGGAGUAUGGAAAUGUGUAUUUCUUCAACUGUGACACCCUCAUCCCCCUCAAGAGGAAACGGAAGUACUUUCGGGUCUUCGAAGUCACCAAGACCACGGAGAGCUUUGCCAGCAGGAUCCAGAGCCUGGUGCCGGUCAGGUACGAGGUGAUUGUGACCACGGGCUACGAGCCGGGGGCAGGCACUGAUGCCAACGUCUUCCUGACCAUCUUCGGGGCCAAUGGGGACACGGGCAGGCGGGAGCUGAGGCAGAAGAUGCGCAACCUGUUUGAGCGCGGCCACACCAACCGCUUCUUCCUGGGCACGCUGGAGCUGGGAGAGCUGCGCAAGGUGCGGCUGGAACACGACAGCAGUGGCCACAGUGCAGGCUGGCUGGUGGACAGGGUGGAGGUCACCAACACCAGCACUGGUGUGGCCACCAUCUUCAGCUGCGGCCGCUGGCUGGACAGGAAGCGGGGCGAUGGGCUCACCUGGAGAGACCUCUUCCCUUCUGUCUGA